AUUUAUGUCAAUGAUGGCUCAGGAGGUUCAAACAUAAAGUAUGCAGAAAGUUAUAGAGUUUAUGCUCUCAAAGGUGAAAAGCCUUCAUUUAAGAACAGCUAUUCUAACGCAUAUCCUCAAAAGCUAACGGAUGGGGAAGUGGAUGAUAUGAAUGACAGCAAAAAUAUUAACAGAAAUGGCGACAGAGAUGCAUGGAAUUUGUUUACCAUCAGUCAAUUGAAGGUUAAACUUUAA